AUGGAAAAUACAGCUUAUGAUGUUGCUAUUAUUGGAUGUGGUUCAUCUGGAAUAGCAGCGGGAAUUGAACUACUUUCUCAAUCAAAUUUGAAUUUCAUUAUUUUAGAAGCACGUGAUCGAGUGGGAGGUCGUGCUUAUACGGAUCAGCAUUCAUUAGAUUUUCCUUUUGAUCUUGGAGCUGAAUGGAUACAUGAAUAUGAUUUUAACAAUUCUCUUUAUUCUUUUCAUGAGCAGUUUCAAACGGAUUUGAACGACGAUUACUACAUUCAAUUAUUUGAUCCAAUGAGAAUACUUUGUUAUGAUUCAGAUGGAUCGGUUAUCCCCCAAGAAGUUUCUUCUCUAGCUCAAAUAACAACAAAUCGAUUAUUCACACAAUUUAAAUCUAAUGAUACGAAUAAAGAUACGUCAGUAUACGAUGCAAUUCAACCAGAAUACAAUAGAUUAGAAGAAGAUCAACACAAACGCCUUGUUAAAACAAUGAUCGUAGCUGUAGAAGAAAUUUUUGCAGCAGAUCUUCAUCAACUUUCAGCUAAACAAUAUUUGAAUAAUCCUAACUGGUCGAUAGAAGUCGAAAGUGAAAAUAAUCUUGUUGUUAAACAUGGUUUAGGUUACUUUCUUGAACGUAUUACCAACCAUUUCCAACUACCUAUUCUAUUCAAUACUGUAGUAACUGAAAUUGAUACACUCUCUCAUGCUGAUAUGGUUCAAAUUUUGACUUCUCAAAAUCAAAAAAUUUCAGCAAAAUAUGUAAUUAUUACUGUUCCUCUUGGCUGUUUAAAACAAAAUACAAUUAUCUUUCAGCCUCCUUUGCCGCAAUGGAAAUUAGAUGCUAUUGAUCAAUUAGGAUUUGGACAUACCGACAAAAUUAUCAUGCAGUUUGACAAGACUUUUUGGAAUGAGAAAGCAACCAUAUUGUAUCUAGUCGAUGCGUCAUUUCCGUUUGCUUUAUGCAAUCCAGCAAAAUGUAUACUUUCGUUUAUGAUUGGCGGACGACGAGCACAAAAAAUGGAAGAUGAAAAGAAUGAAAUAACUAUAGCACAAAUUAUGAAACAUCUUAAACAAACGUUUUCUCAACAAGAAUUCAAAUUGAAACAUUAUAUUAUUUCCAGAUGGACUCAAGAUGAAUUUGCUCGAGGAUCUUAUUCAUAUUUUGCAAUGAAUUCAAGUAUCGAGACAAUGGGACUACUGGCCAAAGAGUGUUCUGAAAAUCGAUUGUUUUGGGCUGGCGAACACACUAGUGAUGGAGCAUCGGUUCAUACUGCAUUUGCUACAGGAACAAGAGAAGCAAAGAAGAUUUUGAAUUAUCAUUCAAUGAAAACAUAA